CAGGAAUUUGUGUACUUGUGUGGACUGUAAAUAUUGGUAAUUUUCGUGACCCUUCUCAUGGUGGCUUCUUGCGUGGUGUAAUUCAUUACUUUAAGAUUGCAGUUGCUCUUGCUGUUGCAGCAAUUCCAGAAUGCCUUCCUGCUGUUGUUACAACGUGUUUGGCCCUUGGAACAAAGUGAAUGGCUCGGUUGAAUGCCAUUGUUCGAUCAUUGCCAUCUGUCAAGACUUUAGGUUGCACCACAGUGAUUUGCAGUGACAAGACUGGAACUCUGACGACAAACAUGAUGUCUGUUUCAAAGAUUUGUGUGUUUAAUUCUACACAACAUGGUCCUCUAGUUGCUGAGUAUGGUGUUACUGGGACAACAUAUGCACCGGAUGGCAUUAUUUUUGACAGCAGUGGGAUACAGCUUGAAUUUCCUGCUCAGUUGCUUUGUCUUCUUCACAUAGCAAUGUGUUCAGCUCUAUGGAAUGAGUCUGUCCUACAGUAUAUAACCCAGAUAAGGGGAACUAUGAAAAAAUUGGCCAGUCAACUGAUGUGGCCCUCCGUGUGUUGGCAGAAAAGGUUGGUCUUCCUGGCUUUGAUUCUAUGCCAUCUGCUCUGAACAUGUUGAGUAAGCAUGAUCGAGCUUCUGACUGUAACCACUAAUGGGAAAGUCAAUUUAAAAAGGUUUCUGUUUCGGAUUUUUCUUGUGAUUGUAAGAUGAUGAGUGUCCUUUGUAGCUGUGGGCAGAUGGGGAUAAUGUUUUCAAAAGGUGCUCCGGAGAGUAUCAUCUCCAGGUGCACAAAUGUCCUCUGCGAUGAUGAUGGCUCCACUGUUCCGUUGACUGCUAACAUCAGAGUGGAAGUGGAGUCCAGUUUCCACAGUUUUGCAAGGAAAGAAACAUUGAGAUGCCUGGCUCUGGCCAUAAAGAUAAUGCCCUUGGGUCAAAAGACUAUAGCCUUUGAGGAUUAGAAAGACCUUACAUUUAUUGGGUUGGUUGGAAUGCUUGAUCUGCCAAGAGAGCAGGUGAGAAAUGCUAUGCUUGCUUGCAUGACUGCUGGUAUACGUGUUAUAGUUGUUAUAGGUGAUAACAAGUCUACAGCUGAAUCACUUUGCUGUAAGAUUGGUGCUUUCGAUCACUUGAUGGAUUUUGUUGGUCAUUCUUAUACUGCUUCUGAGUUUAAAGAGCUUCCAGCUUUACAACAAACACUGGCAUUGCAACAUAUGGCACUGUUCACCAGGGUUGAGCCUUCUCAUAAAAGGAUGCUGGUUGAGGCCUUACAAAACCAGAAUGAGGUGGUUGCCAUGACUGGUGAUGGUGUCAAUGAUGCACCUGCAUUGAAGAAAGCAGACAUUGGAAUAGCAAUGGGAUCUGGAACAGCAGUUGCAAAGGCUGUUGCAGAAGGAAGGGCUGUAUACAACAAUACAAAGCAAUUCAUCAGAUAUAUGAUCUCUUCAAAUAUUGGUGAAGUAGUAUGUUUUUUUGUGGCAGCUGUACUAGGAAUACCUGUUACCCUUGCUUCUGUCCAGCUGCUAUGGGUCAACUUAGUGACUGAUGGAUUACCUGCCACUGCUAUCAGGUUUAAUAAGCAAGAUUCUGAUGUAAUGAAGGCCAAACCUCAAAAGGUUGGAGAAGCAGUGGUGACUGGUUGAUUGUUCUUUCGUUAUUUUGUUAUUGGAGGUACCCAUAAAUGUUACACCAUAAUGUUGUAAUAAUAGCUGCUUAAUCAUCUGCACUUUUUUAUUAAAUUGAGGAUCUUCUGUUUAUUAGUUCAUAUUUUGCUGUUUCUACUUUUGUGGUUUUCUGGUUUAAUAAACAGUCAGCACUGAUCUAGUGGAUAAAUUCACUAGAAAUUACUCCAUAUGUGAACUAAUAUAUUUAAUGAAAUUCAUAGUGGUUU